AAGUACUGCUCCCCGUCGCCUCGGUUGUUACCUCCCAUUCUUCUUUACUGCCAAAAACUGCAACUUUGAUGAAUUUACGUUUGUAAUUUUUUUUAUAGGAAAUAAAUUUUCUUAAUUUCAGGUUCUGAAAGGGAAAGUCUGGCGCGCACGCAGCCAAUCAGUGCUCCUCUCUCUUUCCUAUUUCUUCUUCAGACGGCUCUCGGAACCAAGUUUUUCAUCUCUCUUACCAUUUCUCUCCAUUGUCAAAACCCUAAAAAGUUCAGCUAUAAAUAACGAUACCCAGCUUCUGGGGAAGAAGAACCAAUUAUGAGGGGACAGAGGUUAAGGAUUCCCUCGUGAUCGAUUCGUAUUCCAGGAUGCUUCCAAUUUCGUGGGAAGCUUCGAAUUGCCUCUGCUAGCUUCCGCUAAAAUUCCUUGCAUUCUAGCUUCUGAAGAUUUCUGUUUCUGUUCCGGAUCUUUCAAAUGAUUUCGAAUCCCAACUUCAUCUAUUAUGCUUGCAUUGCCAGAGAAAACACAGUCCUCGCUCAAUAUGGGUCCAAGGAACGGAAGAUCGAAGAGUUAGCUGCGGAAUGCCUUGCCAAAACUCCUCUCCACCAUUCCAUGUUCUCUCACACAGUCAAGAAAAAAACCUACACAUUCGUGAUUCAUGACCCUUUUGUCUAUUUUGCGAUAUUCGAUGAAGAGCUCGCGAAGUCGGAGGGUUUCUGGUUCUUGAAUCGCAUCAAGAGUGUAUUUGAUGAGUUAUUAGAAGUCAGGUCGAUCCUGGAUUCCGACGAUUUUACGCCGCUUUGUUUCCAACCACAAUUUGACCCCUUCUUUCGCGAAACAUUGGCUUUCGAUUUGGAUUUGGAUUCGGACUCUGUAGAUACACAGAGGGACGAGGAUUUAGACGGCCGAAACCCUAGUAUGGAUUCAGUCCAGGGGAAGAGAUCGGCGAUGGCACCCUUGCUUGCGAUGCCAGGGCUGAAGAAGAAGAAGAGGGUGAAUACGGCAGCCAAUGAAAUGGAUGUGAAGAAUGCUGCAACAGAGAACAAAGUGGAUUUAUGUGAUUGCAUCGAUGGUUUUUCCAGAGAUUUUCAAUUUCCGAUGCCUAAUAAGAGUGCGAUCAACGAUCGACAAAAAGCAAAGCAAAUAUGGAAAAAGCAUGUGUGGGUGGUUCUGAUGCUGGAUGUAUUUGUAUGUGCAGUUUUGUUUGUGAUAUGGUUAUGGGUUUGCAGAGGGUUUAAGUGCAUGGACAGAUGAAGUCAAUAAUAUUGAAAGAUCCUCUUUUUUGUCCCUUGUUUGGGGAUUCUUCGCUCUUGUUCCCUUCCAAGUUCCUGUCGAUGACCAUGAACUUCAGGGCCACACUGUGUAAAUGGGAAAACUGGGCAUGUAUGUCCGUAUGUGUAAUUGGGGUUUGCUCCUUUUUGAUUUCCCCUGGAAAUUUCCCAACUCAAUGGAAAUAAUUUAUGAAGAUUUAGUGUUU